AAGGAGGAGCAGAGCAACAGAAGUAAAGGGAGGGGCACAGACUGGUUUUGCAGAUGGUUCUCUGAGAAGACAACAGACCAGGAAAUAGAUUAUUCCGUUUUUUUGUUUUUCUCUACAACCAUUUCGGAUAUCUCUUUGCCAUGGAUAAUUUCCAGACUGUACUGCGUUUCUUUAUGAACCAAAAAGCCACCAUUGGUUACAGUUUUAUGGCGCUCUUAACUAUAGGUGGGGAGCGGGUUUUCUCCAUGGUUUCGUUUCAGUGCCCAUGUAACCAUGAGCAAAAUUUCACUUAUGGGCUGACUUUUCUACUGGGUCCGGCUGCAGUGCUAUUGGUUUUUGGUCUGUUUUUCAACACCCGGUUGUGGAGGCUUUACACUGGCUGCUGCCUUAACCCCAUGAAGCUUUGUCCUCGUGGGAACUGCUUCGGCUGUUUCAGGGUGUUGAUGAGCAUUAUUACUGGUGCUUGUGUGGCUCCUAUUAUGUGGCUGUCUGUGGCCUUGCUCAAUGGGACCUUUUAUGAAUGUGCCAUCAGUGGUCUGGAUGAUAACCUGGUUGUGGAUCUGUUCUGUAAAAACAAGACGUUGAAGUGUCGAGAGGAACUCGCCCGGGUGCCCUGUGAUCGCUCCAAACUCUCCAGUGAUGAACGAAUGGAGCUGCUGCUGAUGUUCAGGGCUCAGUCGCAAAUCUUGGGCUGGAGCAUUGUGAUGGUUGCUGCCAUUGUAGGUCUUUUGGGUACCUGCUGCAAAAAUUGCCGCUCUCAGGUCAGCUACCUGCAGCUUCUGUUCUGGAAACGUUAUAUUGAGAAAGAGAAGGAGCGCUUUGAUGCCUUCACUGUGGACUAUGCAACUAAACUGGCUGAGAGAAACCUGCAGAGCUUUUUUGAGAAUAAAGAACCAAAUCCUAUGCCAUUUCCAAACCACAAGGCAUGGGAAGAAAUCUCUGCAUACUACUCUUUUUCCAGGAGUGAACAGUAUUACAGUACUCUGCAACGCUACGUGGAAAGGACAGACAGAGAUUUCACACCAGAAAAAAGACCUGUCAUAGACUUUGAGCAUGGAAUAGCGAUGACCUGAGUAAUACCACAAAAAAGCGAAAACAGAGGAAUUCAACAAACAAAAAUAAGUUUUAAAAACACUCAUAUUCUUAACCAAUGACAUUAAAUUUGGGCCCAGGAUUGCAGUAGGUCCUAAGAACCACAUCCAACCUCUAUCUUAGCUCACUACUAACAGCAACAUCACUUGCCUUUCCUUUUAUAUAGUCCAUGCUUGGUAAUUUUUGAAUUCAGAAUUUACCCCAACAGUGAGUUUGUAAUUUUAAUUACUUACUCACUGUCUGUUUUAACCUGAUAAUCUCAUAGUUCUGCAGUCUGUCACACCUCAAUUAUGUUCAUCCCUAGAUCCUUGUGUUCUUUUGUUCAGUUUUCUGUUUAGCAUUUUGAUUUUAUAUAAUAUAUAUAUAUAUAUA